UCUAAAGAAGUAAAUUUAAAAAAGAAAUCAUGGCCAGUGCUCCAAGCAGUUUCUCUGCUGCAGCUUUGGAGAAGAAGUUGAAGGACCUCAACUCAUCUCUGCAGAGCAUUCAAGGAGUGUCUCAGUGGCUCAUCCACUACAGAAGGAAUGCCAAGACCAUUGUGAAUGUCUGGUACAAAGAGCUGCAGAAAGCUGCAGUCAGUCGUAAACUAACUCUCCUCUACCUGGCCAAUGACAUCAUCCAGAAUUCCCGUAAGAAAGGACAGGAGUACCACACUCACUUCUCUAAGAUCAUGCCCAGAGCACUCCAGCAGAUCGCAAAAUCCAAGGAUGCCUCAGUGCUGCACUCGGUGGAGAGGAUCAUCUCAGUGUGGGAAGAGAGACAGAUCUUCGAUCCUGCCAUUAUCAUCAGGUUCAAGGCUGUGCUAGCGUCAGGCAGUAUGCAGCCUAGUAGGAGAACCAAGAGUGAGUCUGAUGUCAAGCAAUCUGUUGCCAGGAGGAGGACAGAGUCACAGGGCAGCUCCUCCGAGGACCAACCCCCCAACGGGAGGAAACCACCAGAGCCUGAGGCACUGAUCAAGAAGAUGCUGGAGGUGGAUGGUGAGAACUCUGUCAUGGGGGACAUGGCCACCAGAGAAAAGAUUGCCAGCAUCCCUCCUGAGAUACACGACCCCAACGUACUCACCAAGAUCAAGGACAAGGCUACUCUAGAAGAGCUGGCCGAGAAAGUUGAGGAGGCGUCCAAAGUCCUUCAAGAGUACAUAACACGACUAGACGCUGAGCUUCAGGAGAGAAACGAUAUACAAGAACUGCUUGACGCUUUCAUAUGGCAGCAAAAAUCGUUGCUGAAAACUGCCAAAAAGAACUUGAAAGAUCACCAAUCAAAACUGGAGAGCAUUUCAAAUGUACGGGAAGAACUUAAAUCACAUUUGGCCAACCUCCCUGAUCUCUCUAAGCUGCCCAUGGGUAAAAUGAAGAGUCUAGAGCCACUACCUUCAGUUGGGGACUUAUUCAACUAACACUUGUACUUAGCUAAUACCAGUCAACCCAUUCGUUUUAUACGUACGUGUACAUAAUAACAUAUACAGUCAUGCAUAACCUGUUUUGACACAAUGUUUUGUAUACACAACGUAUUAAAACUUUAUGUUUUUCGUACAA